CCGGUUUGAAGUAACGGAUAGGAGCGGGGGAGCACGAAGGAGCGGUUUUGCUAACUUUGCUCGCCAUGAGGAUCUUUUGCCUGUUGCAAGUUAUUUGGUUGGCUACUUGCUCUGGAUCCAGGUCCAGGAACUGGGCACAUCAUGGUGCCUCCAUGUUUGCAGACCUCACAACUGUGGAGAUGAAAGCCGUCCGGGCUUACCUCCACGGCAUUCCAGACAUGAAGUUAACGAACGCUCGUGAUGGAACUCUCAAGAAAAACAGCAUUCUCCUGAUAGAACUGCAUGUGCCGAAGAAGGUGGAAGCCCUGAGAGCUCUGGACAAUGGACAGGCUAAACCGCCCCGUGAAGCGCGUGUUGUUGUCCAGUUUGGAAAUCAGACCAAGCCCAACAUUACUGAGUACAUUGUCAGUCCUAUGCCAUACCCAAAUUCUCAUCGAGUCAAUCACUUUAAGGCUGGAAAGCCAAUCUCUUUCGACUCAAGACCUAAGACAAAUGUAGAGGAUGCUCAUAUAUACAAUUUCCUUCAGAGGGCUUUCGCAAAAGCUAACAAUUUUCUGCUUGAGACCACCGGUGGGUUUUCUUUCACUAACUGCUCCAAGUGGUGCUUGACUUUCAUAGAUGUAGCUCCACGCGGGCUGGGUCCAGGUGAGAGGAGAACCUGGAUCAUGCUGCACAAGUCUGUGGACGGUUUUUUCCUUCACCCUGUUGGGGUUGAAGUUCUUAUCAAUCACCAAGACCUGGAUCCAAAUAAAUGGACAGUUGAGAAGGUCUGGUACAACCAAAUGUACUUCAACGGUGUUGACCACCUGGUAGAAAAAUAUGAAUCGGGGGAAUUGGAAAUUGUUAAAUUGCCCAAUCACAACACAGAUGACCUCUUUUCCACCUACAUGCCCCGGGGUCAAAGCAACACUCCGACGAAUAUUUAUGGACCAAAGCUUGUGGAACCCCAGGGGCCUCGUUAUCGAGUUGACCGCAACUUUGUUGAAUAUGCAGGAUGGUCUUUCGCUUACAGAGUUAGUUCAUCAACAGGGAUUCAGAUUUUUGACCUUCGUUUUAACAGAGAAAGAAUUGCGUACGAGAUCAGUCUCCAGGAGGCAAUUUCUUUUUAUAGUGGCGACACCCCUGCUGGCAUGCAAACAAAGUAUAUUGAUUCGGGUUGGUUUAUGGGCAGCUCGAGCUUUGAACUAGCCUCAGGGAUUGACUGCCCAGAAAUUGCGAGCUUCGUCGACCUGUACCACUAUCAAGACUCAGACAAACCUGUGCGGUACAGAAAUGCCCUGUGCAUUUUUGAGAUGACCACAGCCAUGCCCUUAAGAAGGCACUUUGACAGCAACCUGAGAGGGAGCUACAAUUUCUAUGGGGGACUGGAAAACACAGUGUUGGUGCUGCGCACGACCUCGACAGUUUACAACUACGACUAUAUCUGGGAUUUUAUCUUCUACCAAAACGGUGUGGUGGAGGCAAAAAUCAGCGCCACGGGAUACAUUCACGGCACCUUUUUUACACCAAAUGGACUUCACUACGGCACAAAGGUCAACCAGCAUUUGCUGGGUAACCUCCACACACACCUCAUCCACUACAAAGUUGAUUUGGAUAUUAGUGGUCGGCAGAACAGCUUGGAGACGCUCAAUUUGGAAUUUGUCAACUUUACUAACCCCUGGAGCCCGAAGAAUUCCGUCGUCCAGUCUAAACUCCGUAGGACAGAGCACAAGACGGAGCGAUCUGCUGCUUUCCGCUUCGGCAAAACGUUGCCUCGCUAUAUAAAUUUUUAUAACCCAAACAAGAAGAAUAAAUGGGGCUACCAGAAAGGAUACCGAAUUCAGUUCAACUCACAUGCCCACAGCGUCGUCCCAAGAGGCUCGCCAGAGGAAAAAGGCAUCAGUUGGUCAAGGUAUCCUCUGGCUGUGACACGUUACAGGGAUAGUGAAGGUGCCAGCAGCAGCAUUUAUGCACAGGGCGAUCCCUGGGAGCCUGUUGUUAACUUCGAGGACUACAUCAACAAUGAAGACAUAGUUAACAAGGAUCUGGUUGCCUGGGUGACUGUCGGCUUCCUGCAUGUGCCUCACUCAGAAGAUAUCCCCAACACAGCAACACCAGGCAACGCCGUGGGCUUUUUCCUACGCCCGUUCAAUUUCUUUGAUGAAGACCCCUCACUGUCAUCGCGCAGUGCCAUUAUUGUCCGACCAGUCAAGGACGGCAAAUCUCACAUCCAGAGAUGGACACCUGAUGUUGUGGGUCAUUGCGUGACCGACAAACCCUUCUAUUAUAAUGGUACCUAUGCUGAAGUCUAGAGCGGAGAUCAGUGACCAUCGAGGACAAGAUUGGUGACACGGUAUUAUAUGCAUGUGGUGAAAGAGAUUCUGGGCUAAUUUGUUUGUUUAAAAAUCUUCCUUUGAAGCUGUCAUCAUGUAUUUUUCUUUUUGUAUAAUUUUAGCAAGAAUAAAUAUCUAACAACUAAUCUUGCGAUUAUACAAAAAGGCGGUACAGUUGAAAUGUAACGUUAUUCAGAGAAUUAACACUUCUUCUGGUUAUCAAUUCGCGCACAGGCAUAGUAAUAGUUAGUCCUAGUUAUUAACCAAUCACAGGCUGUCUCAAAUACACCAUGCCAUCUAGUACUAAGAAACUCUGUCAAUGCCUAUACAAUCAACAGUGAAGUGAACUUACUAUUAGUACUAAUACGCAAGGUCCUUAGCAACGUGCUCUGGUGGUAACAAAACAAACUUUUUGAUUGGCAGUGAGCCACUGUGUGCUCCGCCCACUUCUUAAGCUGGGGUGUGGGACUGAAGACGGCGUCACAAAACUAUGGCAACACUUGAGGAGCGAGUUUGAAAUAGCUAUUGGUAAAUUGCCGCUUCUGACAGAAUGUGGAACGGCUCGUCACGAGACGCAUCUCCAAAUCAUAAAAAAAAA